GAAAAGUUGCGGCGCCGCGAGCCCGGCGAAGUCCUCCGCCCGCCCCUUGCCCACUCCCCACUUCGCGAGCCGGCUCCGCGCCGAGGGAGGGCGGUGAUCACGCAAGCCGGAGCGGCAGGCUGACGUGGGACGGGCUGCCAGGUACUGGAGGCAGCAGCCAGGCGGCGCCGCGCUUCUUCCCCGCGAUCCCAGCCCGCGCGGCGCCGGGAGCCUCGCCGAGCCCCAGCCGGCCGGUUCCACGCUUCCAGAAUCGCGGCCCCUUCUCCCCGCAGCAGCCCUCGCCGAGGCGGCGGCAGGAUGCGCGCAGCGGCGCGCCCGGAGCUCUGAGCAGAGCCUGCCACCCACUAGCACGCCUUUCUUCCUGGGCUUUUCGGCUGCUGGCCACACUGAUGUGACCCCCCUCCCUUUUUGGAAUGAUGGGGAUCUUUUUGGCGUAUGUUGGAUUUGUUUUCUUUUCCGUUUUAUAUGUACAACAAGGGCUUUCUUCUCAAGCAAAAUUUACCGAGUUUCCGCGGAACGUGACGGCGACCGAGGGGCAGAAUGUGGAGAUGUCCUGCGCCUUCCAGAGCGGCUCCGCCUCGGUGUACCUAGAGAUACAGUGGUGGUUCCUGCGGGGGCCGGAGGACCUGGAACCCGGCGCCGAGGGGGCCGGCGCGCAGGUGGAGCUCUUGCCCGACAGAGACCCGGACAGCGACGGGACCAAGAUCAGCACAGUGAAAGUCCAAGGCAAUGACAUCUCCCACAAGCUUCAGAUUUCCAAAGUGAGGAAAAAGGACGAAGGCUUAUACGAGUGCAGGGUGACUGAUGCCAACUACGGGGAGCUUCAGGAACACAAGGCCCAGGCCUAUCUGAAAGUCAAUGCCAACAGCCAUGCCCGCAGGAUGCAGGCCUUUGAAGCCUCGCCCAUGUGGCUGCAGGACAUGAAGCCUCGCAAGAACGUCUCCGCAGCUGUGCCCAGCAGCAUCCAUGGCUCUGCCAACCAGCAAACGCACUCCACCUCCAGUCCUCAAGCGGUAGCCAAAAUCCCCAAACAAAGUCCACAAUCAGUGCAUGCCAAGACAUUCAUGAGCACCAGAGCCAAGCUGGCGAGCUAAUUAAAUAUAUAUGUGUAUGUGUUUAAAACAGCCUAAUAAGGAGCGUUGGAAAUCUUCAAGAUGAGCGAAUAUCUUAUAACUUCUUCCGCAGGUGCGAGGAUAGCUACAAGCCAUGGACUUUCUGUCCUGCUUCUUGUUUGUGGCUUUGUGAAGGGUGCUUUGCUUUAAUCUAAAGUGCUGACUUUUUUCCAAUAUCACUUUCUCUUCUUAAAGCAAAGAGCAAAUGGCCUGUAAAAUCUACGGAGCGGACAGCAAAGUUGACCCUAAACUCCAAGCACCACCCUGCACCCACUGUACUCUAAUUCACUCCACAAGGAGCGCCUGCUUCGGAAGCAUAAAUGAAGAGGCUAUCACACGCUUUGUUGAUCAUAUUUUCUUUGGCAAAACACUGAUCUUUUAUUUUAAGAGAAUUAGUGUGAAGUGAUAGGACAUUUUCUAAUAGCAAGACCUAUUUUUUUUUCCCUUUUCUUUCGGCGAUUAAAGUCACUCACUGACUGCUCAAGGGUUGGCCUGAAUGUCAUCGGGAUAGGGAAUUUUACUAUGGAUACCACUGAUUUCCUACUAAAGGACCCAGUAUCUUCAGGAAGCAAACAGAGAUCAAAAGGCUACAGAACAGAAACUAUCAACAAACAAAAUCCCCUUUCCGGGGCAAGAACAAAACUGCAAGUCAACAAGAAGGACAUUACGUUAAAUAAGGAAUGACACGUGAAAGAAUUUUUUUUAUUUUCCACUUUUUUCUUGGAUUUUUCUUCUUUUUCUUGAUUACAGUUCUUAUUCAAUGGUGGCAAGUGCUGGUUAUGGCCAAUCUCCGUCAAUCCUAGGAGGUUUAUAGAAAUACAUUUUGAGUGUUCUAUAUUUCAAUGUAUUUUAAUUCAUUUUGCAAUUCCUGUAUAUGCAAACCUGACAAAUUCUGUAAAUUGCUUAUAAAAUCUGUGCUAUAACUUCAAAGUAGAUGUACUGCAACCCUCAUGCAAGCUGAUUUUUAUCAUUAUAUAUAUAUAAAUAUAUACUUAAGAAUAUCUAUGUGUUGGGCCACUGACCAACUUAUUUUGACAAAUCAUUUGUUUUUCGUUGAUGAUUCACAUACUGCGUGGAUUUUGUAACACAUUGUUUCACUUCCGCAGGUCUGACAGCUGCAGACGGCCUCUGUUGUCCUCUGCUUCAUUCUGGAAAGUGCAUAUUCAAAAUUGUAUCAGUCUGAAUUAAUUUUGUUAUGUCUGUGCUAAGUUGGAAUUUGCUAUGUUCCUUUAUACAUGGUGUUUACUGAGGUUUGAGAGUCUCUUGACUCUGAAGAAUGUACACUCGCUGGUUUUGACAGCUAUUUCUGUAUUAUUAUCAUUAUUACUCUUGUCAAAAAGAAAUGUUGCUUCUAGAAAGUUUGCCUUGGAGGUGAAUGUGGGGAAGGUGAAGCACUCACCCUAAUUCCCUAAAUUCAUGUUAGAGCAUUUCUUGCUAUGGCUAAAAAUGCUACUUCCUUUGACCUUUAUGAAUUUCCGUACCUUUGUCAUUCUGUUCUUUGCUGCUAAUUAUAUUUUAAUGUCGCCUAAUUAAAAAUUAAAAUUUGGUUGUUGGCUAAAUACAAUAUGCAAAAGAUGACGGCAGGUCCUCAACUAAAGAAGAUUAAUGUGUUCAGUUUUUGUUGGUUAAGUGAAUUAUAAUUUUAAAUAUUCCAUUCUUAUUUUUGGCGUUAUGAUACUUCAGACUAUUUUAUUUUGAACCUGUUUUCUACUCUGGCAAAGAAAGAUAGGCAGAACUAUUAAAGUGUUCCAUAUACAUUAUGGAAUAGAUAUAGCUUGAGAGAUAAAUGACCUAAGUUUUCCUUCCAGAGAGAUUCUUCCAUUUUCUCUCAUUACAAAACCCGAAGAUCAGCCAUGUGGGGCCAUCAGCUCCCAGCCUAAGGUCCUAUAACCUGAAGCUUGAAACCUCUGCUUUUCAAAGGUAAAUGCAUUCAUUAUCUUUGAUUCAGUUAUAAGCAAGUGUAUAUUUUCAUAAUAUUCUUGACAUUACCUGAGGAAUAAUAUUUCAUGCUAAAUCUUUUAUUGCCAUUUUUCUCAUUCAUUUGGUUUAUUAUUUCACUUUAAUGAGAAAAAUAUAAUAAAGGUUUGAUUGCGCUAUUUUA